GGAGUUUGUUUAUGUGGUGGCAGUUCAAUGCAUUUGUGAACACGAUAUUCUCGUCCCCGCCCAUGGUGGGGCUGAUAGUGGCCGUGUUUCUGGACAACACAUUGGACGUGGAGAAGUCGAAGAAAGACAGAGGUAUGCCGUGGUGGGUGAAGUUCAGAACUUUCAAAGGCGACAACCGGAACGAGGAGUUCUACACUUUGCCAUUUAACCUCAACAGAUUCUUUCCACCAACAUAGCCAACCAAGAUACAUUCAUUGACCAGCCAAUGGCUUUUCUUUAGAAAAGAGAAAAAAAAGUGUAACUAUUUUUGGCAAUUGGAAUCAAAAGGACCAUGUUGGAAGCACUUCAUCUCUCACCCCAUUUUCUCAAAGACAUCACAAACACUUGUAGUAACUUAUCAAUGUCUGUGGGUAUCUGUGAGAAGAUUGGAGUGAAAAAUAGAGUUAAGAGGUGGAGUGACUUGGGCAUGGUGUUUCAUUGAGCUUAGUUUUGAUUUUUUUUUGGGGGGGGGGGGGAAUUUACCUAAAUAGCAAUAAAACAUAAUGACUUUUCCUAAAUAACACUACAUAUGUUUUUUUCUCAAUGUAGCACUUUUAGUCAUUAUCCAUUAGUCAUUAUUCAAGUGAAUGUUUGCCAUCAAUGGUCAUUAUGGACAUUAUAGAGUGCUAUUUAGGGAAGAAAACAAUCUAAAUGUU